GUCUUCGUGCGACCAUCCUGCAGAAGGCGGAGGUUCGGAUCAUCAACAGCACAGUGUGCAAGAGUCUGAUGGAGGAUGAGGUCACAAACAGGAUGCUGUGCGCCGGCGUCCUCAAAGGAGGCGUGGACGCCUGUCAGGGCGACUCCGGCGGCCCGCUGACCGUCACCGGCCCCGGUGGGCGGGGCAUUCAGGCCGGCGUGGUGAGCUGGGGCGACGGCUGCGCUCGCAGGAACAAACCUGGCGUCUACACCCGAGUCACCAAAUUCCGCAGCUGGAUUAAGGAGAACUGCGGCGUGUAGCAGCAGAGCUUCUCUGGAUGACGGGUAUUUUUCCAGAUAAUUAUGACCGGAGCUAAUUAACUGUUUUUAUCGUUAUUUACAGCAGAAUGUGGGACAUUUUAAUGUUUUUAAGUUUCCGUGUUUCUGCGGUUCAAAAAAGCAGAAGCAUCUUUUACUUCAACAUAAUGGUUAGAAAAGGUAAAGGUUCAUUUUUAUGCCGCUGCAUUUAUCUGACAGUUAGUUUAGACCAUAAACUGUAUAUAAGGUGCAGCUUUUCAGUCUGUACCGCCCCCUGGUGUCUGUCUACAGUAUAGGUCAUAAAGCCCGCCCGCCAUGUUAGUGUAUGGGACAAAGGCCAAACUAAAAAACUCAAAGUACACGCCAAAAAAAGUUUCUCCCAAAGAAGCUUUCUGUCACUGAAGAUGUUCUCAUCAUCUUGAUGUUUGUUCUUGUUUUUGUGUUUAUGAUCAGUUCGGUUUUAAUGAGGGGGCUUUUCCACCAUGAUUGACAGCUGUGAUUGGUUGGACGGAUGUUUUGGUGGAGCUCCUGCUAGUCAGUCAAAUAAUUAAAAUAAUUAAAAAGGAAAAGCAGCAAGUCCUCAUACAUAGAGUUUAUAUGAGAAGCUGGAAAAAU